GGGGAAAUUGAUUCUCCGUCCGGCUGUCAACCCAGAAGCGUGCUGGAAAUGCAUGGGUCCUGCAUAUAGAAGCAGUUUUUCACGCAACAAGGAUGUUAGUUUACGACGAGGCUUUGAUUUCGAAGGAUGCAAAAACCCGCGACGCUCUCGGAAUUGGUUGUGUCGGUUGUCUUACACUAGGAGUAAGGUGCGUGUGCCAUUCUAGGAUUGUAAGCGAGUGGAUUCCAUGGAAACUGUGUGUACAAAAGCAUUAAGGCGAGAGUGUUGUUUGCGUAUGGCUCCGGAGAAGGAGAAACGUAUUGUUCUACGCUGGUGACUUAUUACGAGGGACGACUCAGUGGCUUGACUGUUUGCAGUCAACAACUACAAUAGAGAUGCAAACGGAAGCCUACGAAAAUUGAAAAGAGAAUCAAGCGUGUGCAACGAGCAAUGUGAUGAUGAUGUGAUAAUUACAAGGCGCCGCGUAAAAAUGAAGAGCUUGGCCUUUUUUAUGACGAAGCAAGAAGAUAAGAAACGGAUGCAGAAUCUAAACGAACCGAUCGGGGGUACCAGUGAUCUAUGCUUCCACAUGUACGGAUACUGCUUUGCGGAUUAAUAAACAUGCUGAGUGCGUAAUUAUAUCAUUUGAGUGACAUAAAACAUUGGGCAAACAGUGCGGCGAACAAGUGUUUGUGCUGUGGGGGUGAAAAACCGUCAUAAAAACAAAAGGAAUUCCUUUGUGACGUGUAAAUCAAGCGGAUAGCAAGUUGAAUGAUUACGCACUAUACACAUAUACCCACGGAUAUUGUUGUUGCAGCAAACAUAGCGUAAAUAUAAAAUAAAUGUGUGCAUAUUUAUCUUUGUGAUUUGUGCAUGACGGAGGCCCCCACGGAAACGUUUGUUACCCUCACACGACCAGGUACCGUAAAGUGACUUUUCGCGUAGCGCCGGCAAAAGGAUUUACCAGAGCUGAAGCGAAUCAUGAGAAAAGCCGAAGGAAUUAGAUUGCAAAUCCGUGUAGGAGUCAAUGUCUCAUUCAUAUAUUACUGGGGGGCUCUCUCUCGAAGAAGGUGUGACUGAAAUGCCAACCGACCGAAGUGAGUGAAAAGUGUUGUUUAUUUAAGUAGAAUUUGCAUAAAAAUCGAAUCAUGAGAAAAGCUAGUGCUACAUUUGUCCUCCGCCUGGAUCCACCCCAGUGCACGUCAACUAGAGGCCACCCAGUAGUGUAACGUUAGCUUUUGGAUCAGCGUGUUUUCCCAGCCUUUGGACAACGGCACCGGGAGGGAAAGCGAGUAAAAGGAGGGAAAAGGCAGCUGCGAUGCGAAGAAAACAUGUAAAGCGAACAUCCUUACACGUUUAAGUGGAGGCAAACAGCGUGGUCGUCUGGCGGCAAUCAGUGGAUCGGAUAAAUUGUUUUCACAGUUCAAUCCUGGCGUAGGGGGCCUGAAGAGAGAACUCUACAUGUGUGCAUAACUGGAGCAUAGUAUCUCAAGUGCUGGAGCGUGGAAACGAGGAGGACGAGUUAGAAAACGUUAGCCAAUAUUAUCCAUUCAACGUCGAACUGGAACGGGACCGCGCCGGUUUCGAUCAGUGAAAAGGCGGCCAACAAUGGAGAUUGUUUACAUGCAAAUUGCAAUGGUGCUCUCGCUGAUAGUAAAAUGUUUGCACGGAUCUCUAUCGACUACCCUGCAAGAAACCAAUUCGCAACAACAGCCGGCCGAUCCGGAACCGGAAUUCGAAGGCACAAUCCAGAACGUAACAUUUCCGGCGGGGCGAGAAGCAGUGUUGACCUGUUCGGUGAAAAAUCUAGGCCGGUACAAGGUUGGCUGGCUGCGAGCAUCGGACCAGACGGUAUUGGCUCUGCAGGGCCGCGUAGUGACACACAAUGCCCGGAUCAGCGUGGUGCACGAAGACAUGCGGACGUGGCGCCUGAGGAUACGUCAACUCCGCGAAUCGGACCGAGGCUGCUAUAUGUGUCAGAUCAACGCCAGCCCCAUGAAGAAGCAAAUCGGAUGCAUCGAUGUGCAAGUCCCUCCGGACAUUAUUAACGAAGAGUCGUCAGCAGAUAUCGCCGUACAGGAAGGAGAAGACGCCACUAUUGUGUGUAAAGCGGUUGGCCAUCCCACGCCUCGAGUCACCUGGAAACGGGAAGACGGUGAAUGUAUGCUGCUUCGAAAACCACAGAGCCGGGAGCUGAUAAAAGUGGAAGCUUACAAUGGUACCCAUCUGCAUCUGCCAAAGCUCGAACGAAGACAAAUGGGAGCAUAUUUGUGCAUAGCAUCGAACGAUGUACCGCCGGCAGUUAGUAAACGAGUUUCGCUUAGUGUGCACUUUGCGCCGUCUGUGCGUCCAACAAGUCAGCUCCUUGGAGCCCCUCUGGGAUCGGACGUGCAAUUGGAGUGCUCCGUAGAAGCAUCGCCCAUGCCGGUGUCAUAUUGGCUGAAAGGUGGGCGCGUACUGCCCUCAAACUUUGCCGGCAUUACCAACGGCAAUUACGAAGCGGGCCAGGCGAGACCGGAAAUGCUGCUCGAUGGGCCAAAAUAUGGCAUCACCGAAGAGCGGCACGGAUUCCGGACGAAUAUGCGCCUAUUGGUGCGAUUUUUUUCGCCAAAUGACGUCGGUACCUAUCAUUGCGUUAGUACCAACUCGCUGGGGAGGGCCGACGGGACGAUGAGACUGUACGAAAUCAAAAUUCAUCCGGGUGGAGUGCAAACAAACGACGAUCAAUUAAAUAUAAUUGGAGGUCUUGCGGAAGCUGCCCGAGGUCGAGGAAACUCGAGUGCCAAUUCAUUAGUGACCAGCAGCAAACCGCUGCAUCUCAUCCUAUUAUCGGUGCUGACUGCUCUUGUCUACUGCAUGAGAUGACAGCAACACAUUUGCUGGGAAAACCCCACGACGCUUUUCCCCUUAUCUCAAGGACCUUCACUAGCUUCGAAAUCGCCAUCGAUGGCUUCAUUAGCAUAAGCACAUCCCCAAUGAGGUGAGACGAAGGUACGGCGAGGAGUUUUCCCGGCAGCAGCGUUCGCAGUCGGAUGCCACUUGAGGCGACAAUGCAAAAGCAAAAUGGCCAAAAAGAGAAUAAAAAAACAGCGACUAAAUAAAACAGUCGAUUGCGAAUGAAUGUGAAGCGAGUGUUUGAGAAUUCGGAUGUUCCAGUGUAGAAUACAUACUCGUAGUGGUAGAGAAACUUUUGAAACAAUAAUGGUGGAAUAGUGAAAUAGGAUAAUAUCGAUUCAUGAUAGCUAAAUGAUUUCAAGUGGAAAUCUAUUCUCCUUCUCUGUGCAUAAAAGCUAAACGAGACUAACGAAAGAAUUGCUGCUUGUAAAAGAUCGAACGAUCGUUAUCUGUGAGAUCGCUUGUAAAUUUCUAGUACGUAAAUCGAUACCAUACACACACAAACAGUACAUCACAAUCUAUUGCUGCGCUUAUUUAACCAUAUCCAUAUAGCGACUCUCAUGUACAUCAACGAAAAUGUGAGGUGAAGGGAAAAAUGUUUAAGUGAAAAAUCAUCAAGCAUAAUCAGCUGGAAAUGGUAGACUGAAAAUUAAGUGUGGCGCACUAAAAGAGGAAAGUCAAACAAGAGGAUUUUAAAGGAUUAUAAAUUUGCUUUGCCGAGAACGGGAGACAAGGGCAGUGCAAGCUUUUAUCCAAUGCAGUUUUUCCAAAGCCCUGCUGCCAUCGUCGGCAUGAUGGAGCGUUAGUCAUAGCUAUGUAUGGAAAUUUUUAAAGCUUUAUAAUGGCGCUGAAUGAUGAAACUCUGAAUCAACUUUGAUUAUAAUGCAUCCAUCAAAAUGCAAUAAAGUUUGUUAUUGCUAGGGAGAGGAUAAGCACGCUUCAGGAGAUGCAUGCAUGCUAGUGAAGGCGAAAUGACGUUCGUUAAGCAGACAGACGGGGAGCAACUGGAAAAUUGUUUUGCCUUGGUGUGAGCCUGGUGAAAAUAUGAACCGGCUACAGCUCGAAUGAAGAUGCAAAAUGAUUCAUGAAAAGAAACAUUUUAAUAUUGGAGGCCAAUAUAGCCGUUGUGGUGGGCGCGUAGCUGCUCAGCAAGACCAUACUGAGGGUUUGAACUCCGACAAGUCGAGAAUCUUCAGGGGAAUUAGGUGUACAAUGCGCUUUGGGCGGAGAGGGGCUGGGGUAUUGUGUGAAAUGCACCACCACAAAAAUUACUGUGACAAACUAAACUUGAAAUAUUCAAAGUUCUGUAUCUUUUUUCUAGCUUUAUUUCCACCGUUCGAAUGUUGUUGAAGUUUGAGUAUAUGCUUAAAAAUUAUUGUACAAUGUAAGAAAGUUUGUUGCACUUACUAUUCUAUUUUUGACUCUGCCAUAAGAUUUUCAAAAUGAUUACAAUUCAAUUUACAGUCAAAGCAAAUCUGAAUUUCACAAGCUUUAAAUUGCUUUAUCUUUCCGCAAUCAAUGUUAAUGUGGCAAAAAUGUGGAAUAAUAGAGACACCCAUGCUGUAAGCACGAACUGUAUUUA